GGAGGUGUCAGGACCCAGCAACGCCAUGGCAACUAAGUCUCUUCAACAGUCUUCUUGGGGGCUCUAAGAGUCUUCAUCUAUGGGGUCCGUGGGCAGUCGGAUCCUGACAUGGAGAGAAUCAGCCCUAGCUGAUCCGCAUCAGUCAGAAGCCCAAGCAGGCCCCAGCUAUGUCACUGGCCACCGUAAACGCAAGCGGAGCAGGCCGUCCACGGGGCCAGAGUCUGAGGACAGCCCCAGGUCUCUAGAUCUGGACCAGGAGCUACGGCACGCCGUCACACCAAACCAUGGUAAGAAAGUUAAGAUCGCAUCUGAAUGUGCUUACCAAACUUUAUUUUUGAGUGGGGAAACCAGUGACAUUAAAAUCCGUGCUCUGGGGAAAGUAUGGCGCUUACACAAAAAGUUUUUAUGUCAGUCGGGCUACUUUGCUAUGAGGUUUGGAGGUUCUUGGGAAGGCUCUCACGACGAUAUUAUUGAGCUGCAGAUUAAUGACCAGAAUAUAGAUGCGGAAUCCCUACACUUUGUACUAGGCUCGUUGUACAGGGACCAAUAUGUCAUAAGGGAGCCCCUGCAAGUUCUAGGAGUUUUGGCAACAGCACACCUGCUUCAAGUAGAGGACUUAAUUCGGCAAUGUGAGCAGACCAUGGAGGACACAAUUGACGCGAAAACUGUGUGUGGCUAUUACGCAGCAGCAGAAACCUAUGGUUUGGAUUCUGUGAAGACGGGGUGCUUUGAAUGGCUUCUCCACAAUUUGAUGACACAUCCAAGUGUUGAGCUUUACAAAGGACUCAGAAUAGAUCUCAUGAAUCUGCUCGUUUCUUCUUCUAAUUUAUUAGUAAUGCAAAAGGAAAUAGAUGUGUACACCACACUUAAAGAGUGGAUGUUCCUUCGUCUUAACCCAGCUUGGAAGGGAUCCAUAAGAGAGCUCGUAGUUCAUGCGAACAACUGGUUUUCCAGGCACAGAGAAUGUUCUGGCUGCAUCGCCUUCCUUGAAACCAAACGAGGCAGAGCAUUUCAGUCGGUUUUUAAAAACUUGAGGUUCCAGCAUAUCAUCUGUGACCUGGCCUCCACAAGAGUUAUUGAGCGAGAUGCUGUGAUACCUUCAGAAUGGUUAUCACAUGUGUAUAAACAGCAAUGGUUUGCCUUGCUUAGAGCACAACAGUGCAGGGAAAUUGGGCCCCGAUACAUCAAUGGACAAGAACUUGAAGAAUAUAGCAUGCGAUGCGGUAAAAUGAUUGUCAGGGAUGGAAAGUACUCCUGGAAGUGGUCAGGCUUCAAUUUUGGCUUUCCUUUACAUGUCAUCUUCACCAGCCAUUACGUCCUUUUCAAGCAAAAUACUCUCCCUCAGCCAUGUGACGCCCCAGAUUGUUCACGAUCUCUAAGAAAUGUUGCAUUCCGACUAACUUUGGUACAUUUCAAUUCCAGUGGAAAGAUAAGUUUCCACAAAACAACUGGAUAUAAAAUCCUUACCUUUCAAAAGGACGAAGAACAAGUGGUAAUGAAGCUGGAUAGCAGAGCUCUGAGAUUCCCUUUAUACAUAUUCUGUAACUUCCUGUUUAUAUCCUUAGAAAACCCAUGAAACUGGUCUUGCCAAUUAGGAUAUAUUAGCAUUUUGAAAACUUCUGACGAUUCACGUCAUUUAGUGGCCCUCCUCUUAAACACAAUAAAGAUGACGAGUAACAAGAAAUGAAAUCUUUCAAAAUGUAAAAACUAUCAUAAAUGACUAUCUUCGUUUUGUUUCUAUGGACUUAAGAAUAAAACAUUUCACUUCAAGAAAAUACCUGUAAAACCAACUAGCGAUUGCUGUUGGCAUUUCUUGGUUUUCAUUUGUCAUCAACAGACAGCUCCAAACAGAAAUGAGACUACAUGUCAAAGGAAUCAAAAUAAGCUAACUGGUUAGAUAAAUUUUACGCUAACACUGAGACAAAAUAAAGAAUUCUCUUCCUUGCCAAAAUUGUUGUGCAAAUGUGGCUUUGACUGCGGCAAUAUUACACGAGAAGAGUCAAUCACGCACAGUUUUAAA